CUGCUGCGGCUGGGCGAUGGCCAACCCCGCCCCUGAACUGGACGAGGAUUGCGAACUGAAUUCCAUCGAUACAAUGCACGACUUUUGCUGCGAUCUGCACGACGAAAGCCCCCAUUUCAGCCACUGCCAGAUGGAGUGGCACGAGAAGAUCCACUACAGGACGGAUCAGGAGGAGCAGACGUACAUGUUUUGCACCGCCGAAUGCACUUUCAAUAGCACCGAUUUCGUGGGCAGCAAUCGCCAGUCGCUGGAUCUCGCAGCGGUUCGUGAACAUUUGGAGAGCGAACUGGCCAACGAUGAGGAUGAGGCACUGCUCUAUCAGACAUACAGCCAGUGCGAAAAACACGCCCUCUCGUUGCUGCCCCACAAGAGCGUUAAGUUGCUGGCCAAGCGCAUGGCUAGUUUCGGAUGCCAUCCGUUUGCCGGUCUUGUCAUAGAGUGUGUGGCCAACGAGAUGAUCCUCAACUGCCCGGCCAAGCGCUUCCAUCAGACGCCGCAGUGCGUGGAGACCCGCAACCAGCUGCGCCAAUGCAAGCAGUCCCUGAAGUAAAUAUCCUAAAGUGAU